AAAGUCAUAUAAACAACAUCUAAUAAAAGAACUUUGAUAGAGGAUAACGUGCCAGUCUGAAGGUGGAUUUCGAAGAAGACGGAAAAUUUGAUUCACGAAGACACCACUGCACAGGAGUGGUUAAAUAAUUACAUACAAAUGAUAAAAUAUCUGAUUAGAUAAAAAUGGGGACUUAUGAGCUUUUAUGUACUUCUGUUUUCCUUGAUAGAAGCAACCUAUGUUUUAAUAUUAUUGACUGAGUAAUAUUAUCGACGUGACGAUUGUUCUCUGAAAAAGGAUAAAAUUGAUCUUUAAUAUAGUAGAUGGCGCUAAUUACAUUACAAAGUACAGUGAUCUUGAAACAUAUGUAACUUGUAUAUUUCGGUAAUGCGGUUUAACCUGUGUGGUUUAAAGUAUUCGUUUUUUCGUCCAAAGAAUAAUUUUUUGAAGAAUGUGGCAUGGUUAUUUCAUUUUAAAUCAUUAAUUUGAAGAAUUUGUAAAUAACAGAUAAAAAGAAUUUACUGAGUAUAUAAAAAUUAAAUGAAAGAAAAUUUUAAAACAGCAGAAUCUAUAUAAUAACUAUCAAAUUCAUGAAUUGACUCAUGAUCAAAACGUGUUAUAUGAUAUUUAGUACUUGAUAGUCAUUUCAUUUAAUAACAAUGACAGAUUCUGAAACUAAGCAAGCUCCAGUAGAAGAUAUUAAAGAGAAAAAUGAAAAUAAUCCUUACGCAUAUCUUGAAAGAGAAAAUUUCACAUCAGAAAAGUUUAAAGUUGAAGUACGUGGACUACCUAAAUAUUAUGGAAUUGGAGAAUUUAAAAAAUUGUUGAACGAGAAGCUUGAUUUAAAACCUUGCAAAGUAAAGUCACCGAAACGUCCCAACGGAUGGCUUUAUGUUUGUUUCAGAAGCGAAGAAUGUCGUACACAAGCUAUAUCUACUUUAAAUGGAAUUUUAUGGAAAAAUUGCAAGCUUACUGCUCAGAUCGCUAAACCCGCUCCAGAUCCUUUUAUAAAACGAAAAUUAGAAGAAGAGAAUAAGAUUAAUAAGAAAUUAAAAACUGACAUUGAUUCGAGCAUGUCCGCUAUGGAUAGAGUUAAAUUAACAACUACUCCUCUAUGGAAUAUGUCUUAUCCGGAUCAACUCGAAUUCAAGCAAGGAGAAAUGAGGUCCGUAUUAAUAAAACUCGGUCAGCAAAUGCUUGACAACUACACUAAACAGAAUUGUUGCCAAGAUCUGUCAAAGUGGCUUAGUUCGCAAAAGAAACUGCAUGAAGGUUUGCCUUGUGAAUUAAAGCCUAUACUACACACUGAAAGUACAGAAGCUUAUAGAAACAAAUGUGAAUUUACAAUUGGUAAGAAUAUAAAAGGUGAUAAAGUUAUAAUUGGAUUUAGACUGUCUAGUUAUGCUGCUGGUUGUACAGCAGUAGGUCCUAUCGAUAAUCUCUGUCACAUUCCUACAAGUAUGAAAACUGCUGUAAAGAUUUUAGAAGAAUUUGUACAAAUUUCUGGUUUAGAACCUUUUAAUCCAGUAGAUAACAGUGGGUAUUGGAGACAAGUUACUGCUAGAACUAGUCGUCUCAAUCAAUUAAUGUUAAUAGUAGGAAUAAAUCCCCAAGAUUUAAGCGAUGAAAAGCUACAAGAAUUACAGAAAAUGCUGAAAGAAUUUUUUGAGGUUGGAAAAGGAUCCAGUAUAAAUGUUACAUCACUUUAUUUUCAAACAAUGAGAAAAAAAAGUGCUGGUAGUGAAUCUGGAAAUACUAUACAGCAUAUAAGUGGAGCCGAGUAUAUAGAAGAAAUUUUGUUAGAUAAGAAAUUUCGUAUAUCACCACAAGCCUUUUUCCAAGUAAAUACAUUAGGUGCUGAAGUUUUAUAUAAAGCAAUCAUCGAUAUGGCAGAACCAACUAAUGAUACUACAGUACUAGAUAUUUGUAGUGGUACUGGAACUAUAGGUUUAUCUUUCUCAAAGCAUUGCGGUGAAGUGUUGGGUGUAGAAGUUGUACCUGAUGCUAUUAAAGACGCAAAACAAAAUGCUCUUCAAAAUGGUGUUACCAAUAGUGAUUUUUUUGUUGGUAAAGCAGAAGAUAUUCUACUUCCUAUCGUGCAAAGGGCAACAAAAUCUCGUAUCGUAGCUGUGCUGGAUCCACCAAGAGCUGGUAUACAUCAAAAAACAUUAUUAAUGUUACGUAGGACUAAUAAUUUGAAUAGAUUAAUUUAUAUAUCUUGUGACCCUCAAGCUGCUAUGAAAAAUUUGUUGGAUCUCUCAAGACCAAGAUCGAAACUAUUUGCUGGAAAACCUUUUGUACCGAUAAAAGCUGUUCCUGUGGAUAUGUUCCCUCAUACGAAACAUUGUGAGUUAAUAAUAUGCUUUGAAAGAUUUUCCAAAGUAGCAAACUCGAAUGUUGAUGCUUAAAAUAGUAUUUAAAUGAAAUAUUGUUACUAUGGGACAAUCCUACAUAUAUUUAGGUUAUUAAUAUUGGCAAUAUUUUAUAUACGAUACGAAAUCAAGACCAAACCCUUUUGAACAAAUAGAUACAAAAAUUAUGUAAAUAAUAACUUUAUUUGAUACCGUAUCGCUUUAUAAUUAUUAAUCUAUGAAAUAAUAUCGCAAAUAUUAUUAUUAAACUUAUUGACUACUAAUCUGGAAUACAGAUGGCUUGUUCAAAUUAAGGUAAAACUAUUGGAUACAAAUCUAAAUAAUUUUUGAGAUGAUCAUGAUAGGGAAAUAUGAAAAUUAAGUUUUACUAGCUUACCUUUCGUCAAUUAAUUUUUAACAUAUCAAUAUUUUUAUAAAAAGGUACAGAUUUCGUUUUUUUCCUAUUAAAAUUAUUUAUCUCGUAGAAGUUUAUUACGCGCGUUCAUUUUCGAUCUUACCUUGAAGAGAAGACUGUUGUUUGAAAUUUAAGAUUGUAAAAUGCAAUAGACGAGUCUCGUAAAGUUUAUCAAUAAAAAUAUUUCUUCAUCUUGUCGAGGAACUCGAGAGCAUAGACGAGAUGAGAAAUAUUUAUUGUAAUUUUUGAUCGAUAAAAAAUCGUAUUUGUUAGACCUUAUAACUGUUACUGUUUAUUUCAAUGCAACAUCAGCCAUGAAAGCUAUUGACCGGUGAUUAGAAGUUAACAAAAAAAUUGAAAAUUGGGAAUGCUUAGAGUUAAUACGACAAUAAUAAAUAAAUUAAUCAUGAUUGUCAAAAUAAAUUGAUUUGGAUUUAGUUAAUUUGUUUGAUUGGAUAUAUUCAAUUUGGAAUAUUAAUGAUGACCUUUAUGUUUUUUAAUCGAUUUCUUUAAAUCACAAAAUAUGUGAAGAAGAAGAAGA